AUGGCUUCCACAACCAACGAUGCCAAACAGAUCCUUACCGAGAUUCCGGAGUGGAUCCGCGUCUUCACUGACGGGACCGUGGAACGCCCACGCGAUUUUCCGAUCGUUCCACCCACCCUCCAUGACUCUAACACUGGAGUCUCGUCCAAGGACAUUGCAAUCUCAAACAACCCUCCAAAACCAAUCUCUGCCCGCAUUUACCUCCCACACAUCACCGAUUCCCAGACUCACAAACUUUCCAUCUACGUCUACUUUCACGGGGGUGGCUUCUUCUUCGAAUCCGCUUUCUCCAAACUCUUCAACCACCAUUUCCUCAACUUGGUUUCUCAGGCAAAAGUUUUAGUGGUUUCCGUAGAAUACAGACUCGCCCCGGAGCACCCUCUCCCUGCAAGUUACGAUGAUUCUUGGGAUGCUCUCAAAUGGGUUGCAUCACAUUCUAACACUACCAACUACCCCACCCUUAACACUGACCCAUGGUUGAUUCACCACGCUGACUUCAACAGACUGUUCAUAGGAGGAGACAGUGCUGGUGCCAACAUCGUCCAUAACAUUCUUGUCUUUCGUCAGCCUUUGCCUGGGGAUGUUAAAAUACUGGGCGCUAUUAUGGCGCAUCCUUAUUUCUAUGGCUCGCAGCCUGUAGGCUCUGAACCUGUAACCGGGCUCGACCAGAACUUCUACAAUCUGGUUUGGAAGUUGGUGUACCCAUCUGCACCGGGUGGCAUUGAUAACCCCUUCAUUAACCCUCUGGCUGCUGGGGCUCCUAGCCUGGCUCAACUUGCUUGUUCUAGAAUCUUGGUUUGUGUUGCUGAAAAGGAUGGGUUGAGGGACAGAGGUGUCUGGUAUUAUGAGGCUGUGAAGAAGAGUGGGUGGCAAGGCCAAAUUCAACUCUUUGAAGAGAAAGAUGAGGAUCAUGAUUACCAUUUGCUCAAACCUUCACUCAAUCAAGAUACUCGUAAUGCUCACAAAUUGAUCAACCUCAUGGCUUCUUUUCUCGUUAACUAG